AUGUCUUCAGUCAAACCUAAACCUUCUGACGAAAAGAAUCAGGAUAAAGAAAAAAAAACUUACACUUUUGAUUACUUAGCUACAUCUAAGUUUAUCAAUUUUGAUGCAUUAAAACAAAAAUCUCCAUAUCCUUCCAUCCGUGACAUAUCAACUGAAGAAUUGGAAGCCCUUUCUACUGCUCUUGAUAUGACACCUAUCUCCAUUUUAAAUGCAAAUUUCUCCUUAACUCCUGAAGCAUGUUGGCAUGAAGUAGAAUCGGCGUCUGAUAGAUAUAAGCUGAAGGAGCUCCUUGCUGCUGGCUCUGCAGAUGCUUCCGAGGUAAAAACAUGUUUUUUGUACAACCCUGCUGGAAGUUACCAUCGAGAUGCUCUUCUGACUAUUCUUAACAACCAUCAACUAAAACGUGCUGCCUGCGACGAUCCUGAUAGCUAUCUUUGGACUGUGGACAGGUUUUUGAAAGAAAUCGAAAAACAAACGUAUCACAGUAAACAUGAUACAACAGUAACCCCUAUUCUUUCAAGAAAGAUGUUAAACGCAUUUAUUGAAGUCAGAAAACAGGAAAAUCGUGAUUAA